UCUCCCGGAGUAAAGAUGGCGGCGUCGCCUUCUUCCGCUUCUGCGGCUGUUCCGCCCUCAGUAGCGAUGGCGGCUUCCUGCGCUGUGUGGCUGGAGGAUCAGGUGGAUCGGGUGUCCUGCCCCUAUGACGCCCAUCACCGUGUGCCGCGGGCGUCGUUGGAGAGGCAUGCGGCGUCCUGCCGCCUCCGCAAGAUGGGCUACUCCGCCGAGGAGCAGGCUGAGAUGUAUGACUCCCGCUUCUUCUAUGAGAACCUGAAGGUGCCCACCAUUGCAAUGGAUAAAGAUCUACAGUUUCACAUAGUUCAGCAAGCUAGAGCUCAGAGUGCCAAAGAAGGCAUAGGCUACACUGAAGGAUCCUAUUCAUCGCUGCCUGUAGAAGUUCCUCAGAAUCACAAACGUUUCACGUGUGACCUGACUCAAGCUGACCGUCUCGCUCUUUAUGAUUACGUUGUUGAGGAAACAAAGAAGCAGAGGUCCAGGUCACAGAUCACAGAAAAUGACAGCGACCUCUUUGUGGAUUUAGCAGCCAAGAUCACUCAAGAUGACAGUCAGAAAGGUCCAAAGUCCCAUCUGGAAAUUCUGGCUGAAAUGCGAGACUAUAAAAGGCGACGGCAGUCAUACAGGGCUAAGAACGUUCAUAUAACGAAGAAGUCUUACACUGAGGUGAUUCGGGAGGUGAUUGGUGUACAUAUGGAGGAACUCAGCAACCACUGGCAGGAAGAGAAUAGGUUGGAUAAUGCAGAGAUGUGUGAAGGGGGAAAGUCAAAACCUUCAGGAAGAAAGGAAGACAGGCGGUCAGCUUCGGUGGACUCGAGGCAGUCUGGAGGAAGCUCAAAGGAUGCUGAACGCACCAGGCAUAGGCGAGAGAGCAGCAGGAGUCCAAGCAAAAGAAAAAGGAGUCGAGACAGAGGGAAAGACAGAGAUUCUCGGAGGAAAAGAGAAAGGGAAGAAGACAAGUAUCACAGCCAUAAAAGAAGGAAAUAGAACCAAGAACAAUAAUGAGUUUUUGUUUGUUCAAAGAAUUACUUGCACAGGAUGUAUUGUUACUGCUGUUAUGCCAGAGGCGGUAAUGCUGUGAACAUAAUGCUGGUGCUGCCUCACAGCUGUAUUCAGAGAGAAAAUCAGAUGGCGUUCAGGGGUUGGCAGGAUGGAAGCAGUGUACCUCGGAAAAUGUACAAAUGUAUAAGAUUUAUGUAUCUAUUAAUAAAUUAUAGUGAUUUUUUA